AUGGCGUCCACCGCGGCCACGCUGGUGGCCAGCACCGCAGCCACACUGAUGGUCAGCACCGUGGCCACGGCCACCGGCCCGCUGGACAAGUACCUGUGGUUGCUGAUCCUGGGCUUCGUCAUCGCCUUCGUGCUGGCCUUCUCCGUGGGUGCCAAUGACGUAGCGAAUUCGUUUGGCACGGCCGUGGGCUCGGGAGUGGUGACCCUGAAGCAGGCCUGCAUCCUGGCGAGCAUCUUUGAGACCGUGGGCUCCGUUCUGCUGGGGGCCAAAGUGAGUGAGACCAUUAGGAAGGGCCUGAUCGAUGUGACCAUGUACAACACGACCCAGCACCUGCUGAUGGCCGGCUCUGUCAGUGCCAUGUUCGGUUCUGCCGUGUGGCAGCUAGUGGCUUCGUUUUUGAAGCUUCCCAUCUCUGGAACCCAUUGUAUCGUGGGCGCAACCAUUGGUUUCUCCCUUGUGGCACAAGGACAGGAAGGUGUCAAGUGGUCUGAACUGGUCAAAAUUGUGAUGUCUUGGUUUAUUUCUCCGCUGCUUUCUGGUAUCAUGUCCGGAAUUUUAUUCUACUUUGUUCGGAUGUUCAUCCUCCGUAAGGAAGAUCCAGUUCCUAAUGGUUUGCGAGCUUUGCCAGUUUUCUAUGCUUGCACAGUUGGGAUAAACCUGUUUUCCAUCAUGUAUACUGGAGCACCUUUGCUGGGCUUUGACAAACUUCCUCUGUGGGGCACCAUCCUCAUCUCGGUGGGAUGUGCAGUUCUCUGUGCCCUUAUCGUCUGGUUCUUUGUAUGUCCCAGGAUGAAGAGGAAAAUUGAACGAGAAAUAAAGUCUAGUCCUUCGGUAAGCCCCUUAAUGGAAAAAAAGAUUAGCUUGAAAGAAGACCACGAAGAAGCAAAGCUGUCUCUUGGUGACAUUGAAAUCCGGAGCCCCAUUUCUGAGGUGGGGCCUGCCACUGUGCCCCUGCGGGCCGUGGUGGAAGAGAGGACUGUCUCCUUCAAGCUGGGAGACUUGGAGGAAGUGCCGGAGCGAGAGCAGCUUCCCAGUGUGGACCUGAAAGAGGAAACCAGCCUGGACGGGCCCAUGAACGGUGCCGUGCAGCUGCCUAAUGGGAACCUUGUGCAGUUCAACCAGGCCGUCAGUAACCAGAUCAACUCCAGUGGCCACUACCAGUAUCACACCGUACACAAGGACUCCGGCUUGUACAAAGAGCUGCUGCACAAGCUGCAUCUUGCCAAGGUGGGCGACUGCAUGGGAGACUCUGGUGACAAACCCUUGAGGCGCAACAAUAGCUACACUUCCUAUACCAUGGCAAUUUGUGGCAUGCCUCUGGAUUCAUUUCGUGCCAAAGAAGGUGAGCAGAAAGGUGAGGAGAUGGAGAAGCUGACGUGGCCGAAUGCAGACAGCAAGAAGCGAAUUCGAAUGGACAGUUACACCAGCUACUGCAAUGCUGUGUCCGACAUUCACUCGGCCUCUGAGAUGGACAUGAGCAUCAAGGCAGAGAUGGGUCUGGCUGACCGAAAAGGAAGUAGUAGCUCACUAGAAGAAUGGAACGAUCAGGAUAAACCAGAAGUAUCUCUCCUCUUCCAGUUCCUGCAGAUCCUCACGGCCUGCUUUGGCUCAUUUGCCCAUGGUGGCAACGAUGUCAGCAACGCCAUUGGCCCUCUGGUUGCCCUGUACCUGGUUUAUGAAAGGGGAGAUGUAUCUUCAAAAGUAGCAACCCCAAUAUGGCUUCUGCUGUAUGGUGGUAUUGGCAUCUGCAUUGGUCUGUGGGUCUGGGGAAGGAGAGUCAUUCAGACCAUGGGCAAAGAUCUGACGCCAAUCACACCCUCCAGUGGCUUCAGUAUUGAACUGGCAUCUGCCCUUACUGUGGUAAUUGCAUCCAACAUUGGCCUUCCCAUCAGUACAACUCAUUGUAAAGUGGGCUCUGUUGUGUCCGUUGGCUGGCUCCGAUCCAAAAAGGCUGUUGACUGGCGACUUUUUCGCAACAUAUUCAUGGCCUGGUUUGUCACGGUCCCCAUUUCUGGUGUAAUCAGCGCUGCUAUCAUGGCGUUGUUCAAAUAUGUCAUCCUCAGCAAAAACUAUUCGGGAUGA